AAUAACUCCCGUUACGAGAAACGUAGUGCAUUAUGAUUGAGGGUCUAAGUGAAUUUGAAAUUUAAAAUUUCCGCUGUUAAGUUAGAGAACAUUCACGAGCAGUGAGUUAUGUCUGGAGGACGAGUAAAGUACGUGUGUGACCAAGACAAGUCGGUUUUAGUGAACAAUUUCGAGAAAAGGGGAUGGGUACCUUGUGCCGAAGACGAGGACUGGAAUUUUUAUUGGGCCAGUGUACAGACAGUAAGAGCAAUAUUUAAUGUGGAAACUGGAUACAGGCUUGGGGAUGAUCAAGUGAUCAAUCACUUCCCUAACCACUAUGAGUUGACUAGAAAAGAUAUGAUGAUGAAAAACAUAAAAAGAUACCGUAAAGACUUAGAUAAAGAGGGCAAUCCUGUGUCAGAAAAAGAUGAUCUAGGGAGAUACCUUCAUCUUGAUUUUAUUCCAGUUACAUUCAUCUUGCCAGCAGAUUAUAAUCUUUUUGUAGAGGAAUUUAGAAAAAAUCCAUCCAGUACUUGGAUCAUGAAGCCAACUAAUAAAUCUCAAGGCAAAGGGAUUUUUCUAAUCAACAGGCUGUCACAGUUGAAGAAGUGGUCUAAAGACAGUAGAGGAACACUACUUGUUCACCCAAGUGGAAAGGAUGCCUAUGUAAUAUCCAGAUAUAUUGAUAAUCCAUUGCUUAUUGGUGGCAAAAAGUUUGACCUACGUAUCUACGUCUUGGUGACAUCCUAUCGGCCACUAAAGUGCUACUUGUACAAACUUGGAUUCUGUCGAUUUUGCACUGUCCAAUACAAUGCAAGUCUUAGUGAACUUGACAACAUGUUUGUCCAUCUUACAAAUGUUGCAAUUCAAAAAUAUGGGGAAGAGUAUAAUCCAAUUCAUGGAGGUAAAUGGACAGUAAAAAAUUUACAAUUUUAUCUUGAAGGAACAAGAGGGAAGGAGGUUACAGAUAAACUAUUUGAUGACAUAAACUGGUGCAUAGUUCACUCUCUGAAGGCUGUUCAGAAUGUUAUAGCCAAUGACCGGCACUGCUUUGAAUGUUAUGGCUAUGACAUCAUCAUUGAUGAUAAUCUGAAGCCUUGGCUUAUAGAGGUGAAUGCCUCUCCUUCACUGACAUCCACUACAUCUGCUGACAGAAUUAUGAAGUACAAUCUCAUACAUGACACUCUUAGUAUUGUGCUACCUAAUGGGGAAAUUCCAGAUGUUAGAUGGAAUAAGAUACCGUCCAAAGAUGCUCUGGGAAAUUUUGAAGUACUGUAUGACGAAGAAUUAGCCUGUCAAGAUUCGUUGGAGAGAGACUCGCGAUCUAGAACAGGACAGACAGUUGCCUCUCGAGGUACUAAAGAAGGCAAAAUCAAACAAGCUACUUGGAAAUAAACUGCAAUCACUUAAUGCUGAUAAUAGCCAUCUACUCUCGAAAAAUCGGACCUGUGAAUCCCUACACCCCACAUUUUUUUUUCUUGGUAUCAUGCACAGAGCAAAACAUUUUAACAAAUAAUGCUACAAGCUGAAAGUUGGGCUUUAUAAAGGCAUUAAGAGGUAUAAAGAUACUUUUACCGCUAUUGGCAGUAACGUCGCAAUCUGAUUGGAUAACUUGGACCUCGAGGUUGACAUCAGGAAGACCAGCCACUAGUAGAGCCAAUUAAAAAGGAUGGCCUAGAACAGAGAUCCCUGGCGGCCUAUGCCCCAGGAGGUGCGAUGAUCUUUUAUAGAUAGAUGGUAAGUCUGUAACAAAUUUUGACCACUGUGCUGACGAAUAUCGGUAUGAAUAACAGCACAGAAUACGCUAAACCACUGUCGAUUUGUUAAAUUUAUUACUUCGUUUGAAAUGGUAUUCCGUUAUAGAGACUCUAAUAUAUCAGUACACUAAUAAGUUAAGUAGUACGAAUGAAAUUAAAAAAUGGAAUGAAAAUAUACACAGAGAAACUGGCCUUGAAAGCGAUAGAGCAAUAAGGUAAUAAAUCACCAGUAUCACAAAAAUGUUAAAAUCAAAAAAGACUUUUAAAUAUAUGAAAAAUCGAGAUUGUAAAGUAAAUGCAACUGAGAUCAGGCCGUAAGAUAACCAACCGUCUGAAGGUAGCCACAGUCCUAGCAAUAUUUUUAAUAUCAUCGCGCUAUAAGAGUUUUUGGCGCGAAAGACUAGUAGACAGUCUGCAUAGUCUAUUGCUAAUACUAAAAUGAUUGGUGAAUUUUUUUUUGCGAAGUAGCUUGGUGCCAAACUAUUGAUGCAUGCAUGUACCAUUAAGUUGUUCAAGAAAAUGUUAUAUUUCAAAUUAAGUCACCCUAGAAAUUGUGUACUUUCCAAUAUUUGAUCUUAUUUCCAUCGUCCCAAUACAAAUUUUGAUGCAAUGUCCUGGAGUAGCUAGAGGUAGUACACAUUCUUGUGCCGAUCGCAUUCCAUUCACACUCACAUUUCACACUCGCAACCACACAAUCAAAUCUAUCAUUCUUAAAAGUUUUAAUUACUUGAAAACGAUUAAGAGACUGGUAUUAUAUUUUCGAAACCUCAACUAAUUUCAAAAACAAAGGCGAAAACAUAGGCAACUUUUUGGUCAGAAGUUCAUUUCAAACCGAUGACCA